UAGUGUUCAGUGCUCGAAUCGCUAGGAUUUCCGAACCCGCCAUCCUUCGGGAUUUUGAAGUGACCGCCGCUUUGUUCGUCCGUUCUUAGUUGUUGGAAACGUUCCUGUGCGUGUGUGAGUGCAGUGAAUUGCAGUAGCAAGGUGCUUUAGGAAACCAUUCCCUGCCAUCCUUCAUCAACCACCCCCGAGAUCCCUUCGGUUCCUGUUGCAAGCAGUGUUGCCAGUGCCGAUUGUGUGGAAAAUUGUAUCCUGCCAGUGUGUUUGUGUGAAACGCAACAAAGAAAUCUACCAAAAUGAAAGCUUUCGCAGUCUGCUUCGCUAUCGCCCUAUCGCUGGCCCUCGCCACGGCGCAGCGCUUUGGAAGUCCGCUGCCGGCGUUCAGCCUCAGCUCGCUGACCGGAGAUUUUGGGGGACCGACCGCUUUCGGUGGGCAGGAAUUUAGCUCCGGCAGCCUAACCGCCGCCGGUCGUGAUCCACGACAGAACCGAGGCCCAGUCGUAUUCCCCGCACCGCCCACCGAUGGACCAAUGGAGACCAGUGGAGUCGUCGUCGGCGCUUCCGGCUACGGUUUCGUGCCCCCAAACACCCCCCAAAAUUCGUUCAACUCUUAUUACAGAAAUCUAAGAUACUUCUAAGUCACGCUUGAAAUAUAAUGUUUCGUUUUUCUGAUUAGUCUACUGUAUAAAGGAACCACAACUAAUGCUACAUCGUAUUAUAGUCGCUAAUUGUACAAGGAUCCAUAUUUAUAGAUAUCCAAACUUGGGCUUGGCCCGAGCUGAAUUUGAUGCCAUAUCAAAUUUUGACCCCAAUUUGAGUUUUUUUUCCGGUUCUAUUUUCUUAUCCCACACAAUUUUCAUUUGAAAAAAAAAACCACUUUGUAUUUAUUUGUAAUUACUUGUAUUGUAUACGUAUAGGAAAAGACAAUUGUAAUUUAAAGUAACGUUAAGUAGCGCUGUACAAAUCUUAUCGUCGAGAACACCUGAACCUGGAUUGUGUAAAUUUGAGAACCUGUAUUAUAAGUUUGAAAUGCUGUUUUAAUUUAAUAAAUUAUUUUUAGUUGACAUUUUAAAUGUAAACAAACGAAAACAAAAACAACAAAACUUAACUGGUUUUUAUGACUCAAUCUAACCCCCUAUUACCGAUGUAAAUAGUGUUUGAGUGCGGGUUGAUUGUUUCAUUGGUGUUGACGGAU